AGAACCAACGCCAAGAAAUUUCGUUUCGUUGUUUGCCGCCUUUAUGGCCCGGCUCUUUUUAUUGAAAUUACAUACUUUAAAGCGUUUGUUCAAAGUAAUUUACGUAUAAAAUAUAUUAUAAUGGGUGAUAAAGGGGAUGGAGAAACAUUUGACGAUGCCGUAGAGGAAAGGGUUAUAAACGAAGAAUAUAAAAUAUGGAAGAAAAAUACACCUUUUCUUUAUGACUUGGUGAUGACACACGCUCUUGAGUGGCCUUCCUUGACCGCUCAGUGGCUUCCUGACGUGACCAGGCCUGAGGGUAAAGAUUAUUCUGUACACAGAUUGAUUUUGGGCACACACACAUCAGAUGAACAAAAUCACCUGCUGAUUGCCAGCGUGCAGCUGCCCAAUGAAGAUGCUCAGUUUGAUGCCAGCCACUAUGACAAUGACAAGGGUGAAUUUGGUGGCUUUGGGUCUGUAUCCGGCAAAAUUGAUAUUGAAAUCAAGAUCAACCAUGAGGGUGAGGUGAACAGGGCGCGGUACAUGCCACAGAACCCCUGUGUUAUUGCAACAAAGACACCAUCCUCGGAUGUGCUUGUAUUUGAUUACACAAAACAUCCAUCAAAACCAGAACCAUCUGGUGAAUGUCAUCCAGACCUAAGAUUGCGUGGUCAUCAGAAAGAAGGCUAUGGGUUAUCAUGGAACCCAAAUCUCAAUGGUUAUCUUUUAUCAGCCAGUGAUGAUCACACAAUCUGCCUAUGGGAUAUCAACGCCACCCCCAAAGAAGGGAGGGUAAUCGAAGCUAAGUCGGUGUUCACUGGUCACACGGCGGUCGUUGAAGACGUCGCGUGGCAUCUGUUGCAUGAAUCAUUGUUUGGUUCUGUUGCCGAUGAUCAAAAGCUGAUGAUAUGGGACACCAGAUGUAACAACACAUCCAAACCAUCACACACUGUGGAUGCACACACUGCAGAAGUGAAUUGCCUUAGCUUCAAUCCCUACUCAGAGUUCAUAUUGGCUACUGGCAGUGCUGACAAAACUGUGGCACUAUGGGACUUGCGAAACUUGAAACUCAAACUACAUUCGUUUGAAUCGCACAAAGAUGAAAUAUUCCAAGUGCAGUGGUCGCCGCACAAUGAAACUAUCUUGGCUAGCAGUGGCACAGACAGGAGACUUCAUGUGUGGGAUUUGUCCAAAAUUGGUGAAGAACAAACUGCAGAAGAUGCUGAAGACGGUCCUCCAGAGUUACUGUUCAUUCACGGAGGUCACACCGCCAAAAUUUCGGACUUUUCGUGGAACCCUAAUGAGCCGUGGGUUAUUUGCUCUGUCUCUGAAGAUAAUAUUAUGCAGGUGUGGCAAAUGGCAGAGAACAUAUACAACGACGAGGAGCCAGAGACUCCCGCGUCGGAGCUAGAGUCGGGCGUCAACGUCAACCACGGCUAGCUGUCGCCCGUCCGCUCCCCCGUGGCUGAUGUUGCGCCCAUGGACACCACUUGAAAAACCUUACUGUUCACAGAUACUGAUACGGAAAUUUUGAAACAAAACUUUUAAACAGUUAUGAAGAUUAGUGUUUUACAAUUAAUGUUAAUAUUUUUAUUUGUAAGCCAUUAAGUCUAUGACCGGUAUUGUUACGCUUACUUACUCUUUAUUUU